GCCUUCGGUACCACCAGUGUGAACUAAUUCGACAUCUUGACAACAUGACAACAUGAGUAAAUAUCUUUCUAUAUCAGAAGAGUGGGUAAAAGAGAAAGUCAAAAUUUGCGGUGAAAAUCUAGAGGACAUAAAAACAUUAAUACUACAAGGAAAUUAUGAGGAAAAAAUUAGCUGCCUUGGGACUUCGUUAUUGCAUUUCUCAAGGUUAAAAAUUUUGGAUCUAUCAAGAAACGUAUUGAAAUCUAUCAGAGUAAUAUUUUCUAUACUUGUCACUUCUACAAACAGGGUAUCGAACACAUUAGGACUUUGGAAGUGUUAAACCUAUAUUACAAUUGUAUAGAAGAGAUAAAUGAACUUCGAGUUCUAUCUUUCAACGAAAAUAUCAGAGAUUUGGACCUCAGGCUGAAUCCGGUUUCGCGUAUAAACUCCGAUUACAGGCUUUAUCUCACGUACAUCCUUCCCAAACUAAAAACGCUUGAUUGUCGUAUGCUGAGAGAUGCGGAAAGGAAAGCAGCCAUUUCUUUCUUUGGAACUGACUCUACAGUUGAUAUCUGUCCUUUGUCCAUGUUAAGGAAACUUGAUGAUAUGAGAUCACCUAAAGCCAGUAAAGCUAGACUUGACCAUAGUCCGCACUUUAUUGAAAACACAGAUCGCCCAUUAAAAUGUUACCAAAAUCAUAAUAAAUCUUCACUAAAUCUGGAUAUAUGGCCAUGUGAUGGUUAUACUACUUUGAAUAAUACACUAGUUUACGACGUGGAGGCUUAUGAUUUAUCAACUAGAUCGCAAGAUCCAUGGACAAAUAAUAUUUUACGUGCUGAUUCAAAACCCAGAUUAAUGCUACCACCGCUUGAUCCUCCCAGAGGUAUCAAACAUGCUGAGUUCUACAAUUGUAAAGAGAGACUACAAACAGAAUUAGAAUUUUCUGUACCCGGAAGAAAAGAUAAUGUUGAUGAAAAUGGACCGAUUAUUGACAAAAAUGGCCAUCAAUCUCAUAAGGAAUCCAGUGAACGAUGUUUAACCGUUGUCCCUUCAGAUGUUAAAUUAGGAAAUGGUCCACGUAUACCACCUAGAGGAAAACGUUUCACUCCAUCUUCUAUACUCUCUAAUCCAAAUGUCAAAAAAACUUCAGUAGAACAGGAUAAAAGUGAAUAUAUUUCUGAACUCAGUAAACAUUCCGAAUCUUCAUGGAUGAGGAAUGACUAUAUAGACAGUUAUUCAAAUGAAAAGAUAGAUAAUGCAUUUUUUCUAAUAAUGAAAAAUUUUAUUGAAGAAGCGGUUUCAGAAAGCUUUGCUCGUUAUAAAAUAAGUGAACUAAAAAAUAAUUUAUCAAAAUAUUCUUCGAAUAAUGGUUCAUUCGCUGCUGUACCAUCUACAACAUCUUCCACUAGUCGAAUUUAUUCAACCAUUGGUAAAUCACAAUCAAAUCCACACAUAGAUGUAACAUCUAACGGUCAUACAAAAAACACCAGUAACCAUAGCAAUGAUGUUAACAGUAAUUACAUAAAUGAAAAUAAAAAUCAUACAUUUCAAGAAGAAUUACUCAAUGGAAGUCGUAUCUUAAACUUGGAGCAGUCAAGAAGACCUCAAGAGAAAAGAAUGGAAGUAAGUGAAUUCAAACAAGAAGGAAAUGAAGCAGAAAUCUCCAGAAGAGAUUAUUUUCCAUCAACGACUAGAGAUAGUCCUAAAUUAAUUCAAGAUGACAAUAUAAGAAAUAAAGAACUAGAAUGUGAAAAUUCUCGAUUGACAGCUGAAGUAGAACGAUUGAAAACACGUUUAAAAUUGUAUGAAGAACUUGCAUCCGCUAUGAAUUCAAAUAUGACUGCAUUUCAUCCUGUCAUGCCUUUAUCUCUGACUAAUUCACACGAAUCAGCAGGCGGAAAUAUCAGUUUUAAUAUAAAUGCCGGGUCUACGACGAAACGUACAAUGUCCUUAAUGUCAUCAAAUCCAAAUUUAACAACCAAUCCAAAGACAUCGUCCUCAUAAAUAAUCCCUAGUGGAUUAAAUUUUGAAAAUGAUCUUACACGUCAGGAACAAUUUUCUUAUAAUGCUUAGUUGUAAUAAUCAUGAAGAGAAUCAGCUGAAUUCAAUACCACGUAUUCAGAAUUUAAUAAAUUAAUAAGCCUUUUCAGGAAGUUCAGUAUAGUUUGAUGAAAGCACUUAGUGCUUCGUUAAAUAUAUAAUAACAUUUUCAUCCGUUUUUUCAUCAAAUUACUGAACUAAUUGAAUUUUGAACACAGCUUUUGUUUUAGGCUACUAAUUAACUUUAAAAAAUCCAGCCUUGACGUUGAAUUCUUUUGUCGCUUGACAUGUUAACUUGCAUUGUUUUUAUUCCCUAUUUGUUUUUUGUUGUUUCAUUCUAGACAUUUAUUUUCAUUGUUUUUCUUGGUCUCAUUCUAUACUACUAAAAGUUUUAAAGUAAUAUACACAUAUCACAAAAUGGAAAUGGAAUUUAAUGAAUUUUUUUCUUCCUCUAAAAUCAUUACUGCUUUUGUGAAUUGUUUUUUGAAUCACCAAUUGUAUGCACAAACAUAUCAUGACGUUUCGUUUAUUCUGUGAUUUGUUGUAAUUCUUCCCACACUUUUAUUUACUGCUGUCGUUUGUAAGUUCUGUUAUUGGAACUUCUCCAACUUGACAACUAUGUACGUAUUGUAGUACUUCAAUUCACCUCCCGAUAUUGAAUUUUCUCGGGUUUUGAAAAACGAAUUAUUAUGUUUCUACUGAACUGCGGAUUUUUAAUCUUUGCUGACAAUAUGUUUCUUUUUCUGUUGUACUUUUUCCUUCCUUUUCAAAUGUUUCAAAUAAACUGUUUAGCUAAACUAUUAA